UCUAGUUUAGAAGCGGAUUUUGCAUUUGUAUAAUUCAACCAAUUGUUGAGACUACACUGCUUGAAACUGUUGCUGUUGACUAAGCUACUUUAUCUUGGAUCAUGGAACAUCUUCCUGUGGAAAUCAUUGGUGAUAUACUUUCUCAUCUUGGAACUGCUCGAGAUGUUGUUGGUUUAUCUGCAACUUGCCGGAAAUGGAGAGAAGCCUACAAGAAGUACCUUCAUACGCUUUCUUUCAAAUUUGGUGAUUGGCCCCGUGAUAUUACUGCGAGGCAGCUAGAGAUCCUUAUAACACAAACUAUAUCACAAACUGUGGGAUUGCAGUGUCUUUCAAUUCAUAUGGGCAGUGCCCAUGAAUUUGCAGCUGUCCCAGUCAUUGCUUGGCUUAUGUACACUAGAAAAACAUUACAGAGUUUGUCCUACAAUGGGCACACUAUUCCAAAUGUGAAUGUUCCAGAGCAAUGUAGUCGACAUAAGUUGCAAGCUUUGGAUCUAGAUCAUCAUUCUAUAAUCAGGGUUGAACCAACUUAUCUGAGAUUUACUUGUCUCAAAUCUCUUUCUCUCAGACAUGUUAUUAUCUCUGCCUUGGAUCUGAGCAUAUUGUUUACUGUGUGUCCGAGAAUAGAGUCCUUGACCCUUGAUGUUGUAGAAAUUGUCACUUCAGAUUCUCAAUCAUCAAUGGAACUGAGUAGUCCUACAUUGAAGUGCAUAUUUGUAGAGACAGUAAGUGUGGAAAAAAUAAUUUUGGAGGCAGAUAACCUUGAGAGCUUGCAAAAUGUUAAUGUAUUAGAACUAGGAUGGACUAUCAUAAGUGAAAACUUUCGGCUUUGGGUUUUUGGGAUGAUUGGAAGAUGUCCCAACCUCAAGAAAUUAGUUAUCCAUGGUGUACUUUCGGGGAUGGAAACAGAUGAACAGUCUCAAAUGGUAACCAAUGUUACUUCAUCUGUAUUGCAUCUUAUGAGGAAAUAUAUUCAUGUUGAUGUGCGAUUUGUGUAUGACUAAUUAAUUACAAGUGAACAAGCCAUUGGUCUCCUUUUGAGAAACU